UAGCGAGCGCCGGAGGGCGGUGCGGCCAAUGAGCGCGCCCGGCUGCCAACGGGGUCGGGCCUAGCUGGCCCAAGAAGCCGGGUGCGGAGCCGGGGGCUAAAGUAAUCCGGCCCGCCGGGGAAGGCGCCUCUUGGGCGGUCACCCUCGCCGCCAUGUCGCGGUGGUUCUUCCCGUGGUCGAGCUCCAUCAAGAAGCGAGCCUGCCGGUACUUGCUGCAGCAUUAUUUAGGCCACUUCCUGGAGGAGAGACUGGGCCUGGAGCAGCUGAGCCUCGAUCUUUACGCCGGCGCAGGACGCCUCAGUCGCAUCCACCUCGACGUCUGGUCCGUCAAUGAGUUCCUGGAGUCUGUCGGAGCCCCGCUGGAGAUCGUCGACGGCUUCAUCGACAGCAUCGCGGUCACCAUCCCUUGGUCUGCCUUAGUCACCGAGAACUGCACCGUGGAAGUGAGCGGCCUCCAGAUUACCUGCCGUCCCAAGUACCGGAGCGCUGCCCCCGGCUCAGAGUCACAGAGCUGGGCAUCAUGCAUGACCACCAGUAUGCAACUGGCGCAGGAGUGCCUGAAGGACCAAGCGGAAGAGCCCUCCGACACCCCUCAGCCACUGGAGGGGCUGGAGAUGUUUGCCCAAACCAUUGAAACUGUUCUGCGGAGGAUCGAAGUGACCUUUUUGGACACAGUGAUACGUGUUGAGCACGUGCCCGCUGGGGCGGAGAGCAGGAUCGCCUUAGAGGUGCACAUCAAAAGGUUGGACUAUUGUGACGAAGCCGUGAAAGAUCCCGGGCAAACGCUGUCUGUUGACAUCCACCAGCCUCCUCCGUUUGUCCACAAGAUCCUGCAACUGAGCGGCAUCCUUUUCUACUACGAGGAGUUUACGGAAGAAGCCGCCCGCACACCUUCUCCAGCCCCAAAGGAGGCAGCGGAGUCUUCCGGCUCCCAAGGAGAAGAGGAGGAGGCUGUUCCCAGCUCUUUGCUUCAGAUCGGCAGCUGCUCUGGAUACACAGAGAUGAGGAUCCGGCUCAAGCAGAACGAGGCCUUUCCUGGACCCAAGCUGGAAUUGGACGGCAAGAUGGGAUCGCUGCACCUUUUGCUGGCCCCUCAGCAGAUCUUGUAUUUGCUGGAUCUUCUGGGUUCCCUGAACCUCUCCGAGUCCAGCCUCCUGCAAGAACAGCUGAGCAAGAACCGGCCCCUCGACUCCGAGGACUUGAAGCUGAUUGAGCAGGACCUCAGCCAGCAGCUGCAUUCGGGCUUCGCAAUGACAACAACGGCCGCCACUCGCCUGGAGAGCAUGGGGACCUGUGCUGGGCUUGAAAAUGGAGAGAUGUUUUUCUCCAUGGCGCCCAUGACCAGCAGCGUGACCUCCGUGCGCUCCGUCAGCGAACUGUCCGACAUCGACCUCGAAUCCUCCACCCACAGUGACGUCAGCGCCACCCAUUUGCCCACCCCAACCUUUGCGCCAGGAUUCAUCCUGAGCAGCCCCAGACGUUUUGGACAUUCUCCCUUUGCUGCCACACUUCCACGUCUCGGCAAAAUGCACAGUAAAGCCAGCCACCCGCCGCCCCCGCCCUUGGAAAGCCAGCACCCGGAGCUGCUCCUGCGGGUGACAAUUGGGGGCCUGACCCUGACGCUGCUCCACCAGGACCCCAAACCCGCGGCUCCCAGCCCAGGCCCCCACCUCCUGGCCCAGCGCUUCUUCUCCCAGUUGGGGGCCCUGAAGGACUCGGCCUUCGGGGGCCGGGAUUUCCACCCUUUGCGCCAAUGCUUUGAAGGGGCCUGCCCACGCAGCAAUGUUAGGCUCACGGGGGCCGCGGUGCAAAUCAGCUGCGAGCACAAAUCCUCCGGGCAUCUGCACAUGCUCACUUGGGACGCCACGUUCGGGCUGCUGGAGGUCUUGGAGUGCCUUUGGCCGGAUGACGGCGGGGGGCGAACGAAACCGGAGUACACCGAGUUGUUGGUCUUUGCCACCCCCAGUGCCUUCCCCUACAGCCAUUCGCCUCAACCCUGUGCCCGCAUUCGCUCCAAGCACUCGGAGAAGGUGCCAUCUUCCAAGAGCCGUCUCGUCAAGGCCGCAGCCAAACAAACGGUGGAGCUGGAGGCCGAGUUGGCGGAGUUUGGCUCCGACGUGGACCUGGCAACGCUGGACCGGCUCUGCUCCCUGUUGCAGUGUGCCACGCCGCCCUCCUCGCCCUCCUGGCCGCCUCCUCGGGCGCACUUGGCAGAUUCUCCCCCGGCUGCCAAGUGGCAGGCCAGCCUCCGCUUGUCCGCACCGAAAGCCGCCCUCCGGCUCCAGUUCCCCAUCCCGGACCUGCGGCCCUGGCCCGAGAGGCGGCCCGAGACCCAGAAGGCCGUGCGCAAGGAGAGCCUGCUCCUGGACCUCACCGCCGUGGAGUUCCACACGGAGCUCGGCCCGUCGGGCAUCACCAAGGUGGAGGUUUCCUGCAGCGACUUGCAUGGUUUGUACGAAGACGGCGAGAAGUUCUCGGUGCCCUGCUUCCGGGUUGGCAAAAGCCCCGAUUUGUCAGCCAAAACGACGGGAAAGAAAUACAUCAUUCCAAAGAUGGCCCUGACCCUCCGCCCCCGGGCCGGCGGUGUCCAAUGGGAUCCGUCCCUCCCAAAGCCCGAGGAGAUGGAGCUCUCCUCGGCCGAGAGCCCCUGCGAGCUGAAGCAGCCCGAGCCUUCGCCCUUCUCCUCCAAGCGGACCAUGUACGAGACCGAGGAGAUGGUGAUCCCCGGGGAUCCAGAAGAGAUGGCCAAAUUCCAGGCUCAGACGCUGGAGGCUUCCCAGUACGCGCUGGAGGUGUCCUUCCCCACAAUGCACCUCUUCCUCCCCAGCAAAGAGUUUUACGAGAGCAUCUACAACAGGAUCAACAACGACCUGUUGAUGUGGGUGCCCUACAGCCUGCCCCCCAGCCCCUCGGAGACACCACUGGGGUCCAGUUCCACAACGUCCCCUUUUGCCAGCGAAGGGCCUUCCUGCAUGCGAUGGCCGGAGAACUUCAAGAUGUGCAAGUCGGCCUUUAAGCUGGAUUCGGACUCGGAGGAAGAAGACUCCCACUUUUAUUCGGUGGAAAAAAAGGCGGAGCAGCAGAGCCCCUUCCCGCUGAGCUGUGUCUCCGUCCUGCUGAGUGUCGGGAAGGGGAGGAUCACGGCCCUCUGCAAUGCCAAGGGCGAAGGGGGCAAGAAGCUGGAGGGCUCCCACGGGGAGCUGGUUUUGGACGUGGAGAACGGCUGCCUCUUCAGUGUCUCCCAGUACAAAGGCCGCGACGACCUCGGCUAUUUCUGCAUCGAAGCGGAGAAAGUUGCACUUUAUCACAAAGCCGUCGUGGAGGACUACCUCAUGGCUGAGCACUUGGAAAUCCCCAGCUUCCUACCUCCGGAGGGGCUGCACCCCACCAUUUACGCCUCCCAGGAAGGCACCGUUGCCUGGCCUUUGGGGAGCAAGAAGGAAGGGCCCCUCAAAAUGCUCUCCUUGGCCAUCCAGAUCAACUUGGACUUGGAGAAGAACAUCAAGGAGUUCUUGGUGACGUUGCGGCUCGAAGGCGCCACUAUGCGGCAUUACAUGGCGUUGGCCCACCAGAGCUGGUAUUCGCAGAUGAUUGAUUUCUUAGAUGUCCUGGACGACCCAAUCCUUGGUUUCGUGCCACCCACCAUCAUCACCGUCUUGCACACCCACCUCUUCAGCUGCGCUGUGGAUUACAGGCCCCUCUACUUGCCCAUCCGCGUCCUCAUCACCGCCGAGACCUUCACCCUUUCCAGCAACAUCAUUGUGGACACCUCGGUCUUCCUCCUCCGGUUCAUUCUGGACGACUCUGCCCUAUACCUCUCAAAUAAAUGUGACACCGAGACAGGAGACUUGAGGAAAGACUACAUUUGCGUUGUGGAUGUGGACCUCUUGGAGUUGGUGAUCACCACUUGGAAGGGGGCCACCACCGAGAAGCUGACUCGACCGCUCUUUGAGCUGCGCUGCUCCAACAACGUGGUCCACGUCCACACUUGUGCGGACUCCUGCGCGGCGCUGGCCAACCUCAUCCAAUAUGUCGUGAACAACGGAGAUUUGCACCCGCCACCCCGGCAUGACAGCCCCACCGAGAUUGCGGGCCAGAAAGUGCAGUUGUCGGAGAGCCCGGCUUCUCUGCCCCCGUGUCCUCCGGCCGAGACGGCGGCCAUCAACCAGCGCGACCUCACGGACGCCCUCAUGGACUCGGAGCGCGGCCUCCAAGAGCCAGCCGGCGAAACUGGGGAGCCUGGUCUCCGGCGUCAGCCCUCUCCCGUAUCGGUGUAUCUUUUCCCCGGAGAGAAUGGCGCCAAGGCCAAGGCUCCGGCCCCACCACCAACCCCAGCAGGAGAGGGACUGGACUUCAGCCCUUCCGAGGACAGCGAAGGAGAGAGCGAGGCCACCGACGAUUUCUGCAUCCUGGACGCCCCUGGCACCGGGAUCCCACCUCGGGACGGAGAGCCAGUGGUGACGAAGCUGCUGGAGGGUCCUGUCCGCGUCCAGGAGGGCCACUUUUCCCGGCCGCUGGGCAGCACCGACCUGCUGAAGGCCCCCUCCCGCUUCCCGGUGCCUGAGAGCCGGGUGAUGAUGCGGGAGAUCUCAGUGGUCUGGCAUCUCUAUGGCGGCAGGGACUUCGGGCCCAGCCGGUCCGGAUUGGGGCAUGCCCACUCGCCCAGGGCCAAGCCGUCCGUCUCCAGCACCCGAUCCUCCCCUUCCCGUUCCUCCUUCACCAACCGGCCCCAGAACACUUGGCGGGCCCAAGGCGGUGCCAGCCGCAUCCAUGACCUUCUCAUGGAGAUCCAGCUGACAAAGGUGAGCUUCCAGCACGAGACGUAUCCCGGGGGUGCUGCCGAGAAGCCCUCCCUGGAGGCGGAGGAGCAGCCCGUGGCCCGGCAGGUCUUCAUCGUCCAGGAGCUGGAGAUCCGGGACCGCCUGGCCUCCUCCCAGAUCAACAAGUUCCUCUACCUGUACAGCAGCGAGGGCAUGCCCCGACGGGCCCACUCCAACAUGCUCACCAUCAAAGCCCUACACGUCUCCCCCGAAGCCGGCCUGGGAGGCCCCGAGUGCUGCCUUCGUGUUUCCCUCAUGCCCUUGAGGCUCAACAUUGACCAGGAUGCCUUGUUCUUCCUCAAGGACUUCUUCACCAGUGUGGCCGCCAGCAUUAACCCGGUGGUGCCCAUUGAAGUGGCCGCAGAAGGCCGCGUGGAGUCCCCUGGCAAGGAGCCCGAGGGAGCCGAGAGCGAGAUGACGGCUUCGAUGGAGACCACCGCCAGCGAAAACAGCUCCUUGUCCAAUGCCUCCUCGUCCUCAUCCGACCAACCCAUUUACUUCCGGGAGUUCCGGUUCACCUCCGAAGUGCCCAUCUGGCUCGACUACCACGGCAAACACGUGACUGUGGACCAAGUGGGCACUUUUGCAGGCAUCCUCAUUGGCCUGGCGCAGCUCAACUGCUCCGAGCUCAAACUCAAGAGGCUCUGCUGUCGGCACGGGCUCCUGGGUGUGGAGAAGGUGGUGAGCUAUGCCUUGACCGAGUGGCUGACGGACAUCCGCAAGAACCAGCUCCCGGGCAUUUUGGGCGGCGUGGGGCCCAUGCAUUCUGUGGUGCAGCUCUUCCACGGCCUCCGAGAUCUCUUCUGGCUUCCCAUCGAACAGUAUCGCAAGGACGGACGGAUCAUCCGGGGGCUGCAGAGGGGCGCAGCCUCUUUUGGCACCUCCACGGCCUCGGCCGCGCUCGAGCUCAGCAACCGCCUGGUGCAAGCCAUCCAGGCCACGGCGGAGACAGUCUACGACAUCCUCUCGCCCACGGCGCCUCCGAUGAACCGGACCCUCCUGGACAAAAAGCACAGCCGGAAGCUCCGGCGGGGACAGCAGCCCGCAGACCUGCGCGAAGGGGUGGCCAAGGCCUACGACACCGUGCGGGAGGGCGUGAUCGACACGGCCCAGGCCAUUUGCGACGUGGCGGCCCGUGGCCACGAGCAGAAGGGCAUCACGGGGGCGGUGGGCGGCGUCCUGCGCCAGAUCCCCCCCACGGUGGUCAAGCCGCUCAUCGUGGCCUCGGAGGCCACGUCCAACCUCUUGGGCGGGAUGCGCAACCAGAUCAAGCCCGACGCCCGGAAGGAGGAGUCGCUCAAGUGGCGCUCGGAAGAGACUCAGGAGUGAACACGAAAAGGCGAUGUGGCAUCUCGACUCGUGUGUGUGUGUGUGUGUGUGUGUGUGCAUGGAUGCGUGCGAGACGUAUGUGUGUUGCCGUCCGACCCCUGCCUCUCGCCCGUCUUUCUUUUUUUGUACGUCUCCAAACACUUGUGUCCCGUGCAUGUCCUGGGAGAAGGACAAAAAGCAACCGGACACCAUUAAAAGGCCGCGCGUGGCUUUUGUUCCCA